AUGUCUGCAACCACUAUCCGCAAGGCCGUCAUCACGGAGUUCGGCGACGUCUCCAAGGUCCAAAUCAUUCAGGACACCAUCGAGCCGCCUCCGGCAAACCACGUCCAGGUCUCAACCAUCUACUCCGGUUUCUCAGGUGCCGACAUCAACAUGCGCAAAGGCGUCUACCCCAUGCAGAAGAAGGCCCCGCUGACUCCGGGCUACUGCCUGGUCGGCACCGUCAAGACCACCGGCCCAGGGUGCACAUCCAAGCUCUCGCCGGGUGAUCUCGUCGCCUGCCUCACAAUUUACGACGCCGAAGCCGAGCUGGUCAACCUGCCGGAAAAGUACCUCAUCAGAGUACCCCCCGGGACCGACCUGCAGCAGGCCACAGCCCUCAUCCUAGACUGGAACACAGCGUACGCCAUGGUCUUUGACGUCGCCAAAGUCAGCAAAGGUCAGCGCGUCUUCAUCCACGGCGUCAGCGGGGCCGUCGGCUAUGCCCUUAUGAAGCUGUGCCAGCUGCAAGGCGCCGAGGUCUACGGCACGGCAUCGGAGCGGAACCACGCCGCCGCCCGGGAGCAAGGGGCCCACCCUUUCGUGUAUACGGACAAGAAGUGGAUGCAGGCCGUGAAGGAGCUCGGCGGGGCGGACGCCGUGUUCGAUCCCCUCGGGUUCGAGAGCUGGGAUGAGUCGUUUUCGGUUUUGUCGCCUACCGGCAUCUUGGUCGGCUACGGCGGCAAUCUGCGCUCACUCAAUGACGAUUCGGAGCAUGGCUCUGUGAUCUUGCCGACGAUGAAGCUUAUGGCGCGGGGCAUGGUGCCGUUUUGCGGCAAGAGGACCAAGUUCUACUACAUUACGCGCGACGACGCGACGUUUGAGCCGAAUCUGAAGGCUUUACUUGAGUUGGUGGCCGAGGGCAAGAUCACCGUUCCCAUCAAGAAGGUGUGGGAGCUCGAAGAAAUUCAGGAUGCCCAUCGCCAGUGGGCAAGCACGCGCCAGGUGAUUAGUAGCAGCGACGAACACGGUGGAAGCCGCGACGUCUCUUCGCCAAAGGCAUCUUUCCGACAUUCGUCAACUUCUCUGCAUCGGGAUAAGUAUUCGUCAACUUCAUCACGACACAAUCGCUUCAUCACAGUCUUUCAUAGCCCGAACGCAAUGAAGGUCUCAAUUGGCCUGGCCGCCGUCACGGGCCUCGCCGGCUUCACUGCCGCCAAAAAGCCCGACCCUCCCAAGAUCACCGACUUUGACUGGGAUACCAUCACGCCCGCCCGCAAGCUGGAAUACCACCCAUGCUACAAAGAAUACCAAUGCGCCCGCCUCAGCGUCCCUCUCGACUGGCUCGACGAGACGAACGAGCACACGGUCGCUCUGGCAAUCAUCAAGCUCCCUGCCACCGUCCCCGACGACGACCCAUCUUUUGGCGGCACCGUCUUCACCAACCCAGGCGGGCCCGGUGGCUCCGGCGUGAGCAUGCUGCUCCGCAAUGGCCACGAUAUGCGCCGCACGCUAAGCGGCGGCAGCAAAAAGUACGAGAUGCUGAGCUGGGAUCCGCGCGGCGUGCAAUUCACGACGCCUGUGGCUGAUUGCUACGAGGACGAACUUGCAAGGGACACGGACAACAUCCAACGUCUGGCCAUCGGGCCGCUUGAUGCCAGCCCGGAUGCAUUGAGGAGGCAGUGGGCGAGGAUUCAGGGGUACGGCAGGCUCUGUACCGAGAAGCUGGGCAACGGCUCCAUCAUCCCAUUUGCUACGACGGCAUCUGUCUGCCGCGACAUGGUCGAGAUGGUGGACAAGAUUGACGAGCUUCGCAAGGGAGAAGCUGCAGCUUCGCAACCCGAGCUGUCGCUAGAGCUCCGGAAGGUUAAGGACGUGCCGCGGAUUCAGUACUGGGGCUUCUCAUACGGCAGCAUCCUCGGCAAUACGUUUGCCUCAAUGUAUCCUGGGCGCGUAGGCCGGCUCAUCGUUGAUGGCAUCGCGGAUUCAAAUGACUACGUGGCAGGGGGCUGGAAGACCAACCUUCAAGACACGGAGAAGCUUGUUGACUAUUUUUACGAGACAUGCUUUGAGGCUAAGGAGAAAUGCGCGCUGAGCCGGCCUUCAGACAAGCAGUGGCAAGACAUUCGUGAUCGAGUCGAUCAGCUUGUGAAACGUCUCGACGAAGCCCCCGUCGCGGUACUCAACGGCAAGGUGACAAAUAUCCUGACGGGCUACGAUGUCAUCCUCUCCUUCAAGAACCCGCUCUACGCGCCCUACACUCGCUUCAUCAAACUUGCCAACGAAAUCAAUGCUGCCAUCGAGGGAAACUACACCGCCAUCCUGGAGUCCGCCUCCGCCGAGAUUCCCAAGAUCGACCAAGCCUGUACCCAUCCCAACGCCACAGAUCUGAGGCUCUCCUGGGGAGACGGCGGCCAGGCGGUCCUUUGCGGCGACGGCGAAGAUAACACGAAUAUGACCCUCGCCGACUACAGGGCCUACGUCGCCGUGCUCGAAUCCCAGUCGCCGACCUUCGCCGGCUACUGGGGACAGAUUCGCUCCGCCUGCACGAGCUGGCUCGUCCGCCCCAAGUGGCGCUUCACAGGCCCGUUUACGACACCGCCGCACGAUGCUGCGGUUGUAGAAGGCCGGCCCGCAGCGCCGCUGCUCUUCAUGUCUUCGCGACUCGAUCCCGUGACGCCAUUGAGAAACGCCUUCAAAGCGAGUGAGGGACACCCCGGGUCAGUUGUCGUGAUUCAAGAGUCGGUGGGCCACGCUGCCUUUGCCACGGGGAGCAAGUGUACGACCAAGAUCCUUCGGGAGUAUCUUGAGCAUGGGACAGUGCCGGAGAGUGGGACCGUUUGCCAGCCUGAUUGUGGCCCUUGGGAUGGCGACGCCUGUGAGUCGGAUAGCUUAAGCGUCAACGUGGCGCCUCUUGCGCCGCCGCAUGAUAGAUCUCACCGUGUCUAUUGA